GCAGUUGUCCAACAGUGAUCAGAUUCUUCUGCAGUCUGAAAGAACUAGCAGAUCCUCUCUUGUCACCCCCACGUCACCGACUUUGAGGAGAAGAUACACAAAAUCAGAUGUGAAAGAGAAGGAUGAAAAGCUGCCUCUGAAAGAUGAAAGCAAGCUAGUUCAAGCUGAGACAAUGGAAACAGGAAAAGUUAAACUGAAUGUGUACAUGGCCUACAUCCGUGCUGUUGGCAUCAUGCUGAGCAUUGCUAUUAUUAUCUUCUUUGUCUUCUACAAUGCCUCAAGCAUCUAUUCCAAUGUCUGGCUCAGCCAGUGGAGCAAUGAUGCUCGAAACCCUAAUAUCAGUUCAAAUGUGGACCACAGAAACAUGAGACUAGGGGUAUAUGCCGCAUUGGGAAUUUUGCAAGGUAUGUGUGUGUUCAUAAACUCAUUAAUGCGGCUCCUCGGAGCUGUAACCGCCUCACGUGUUCUCCAUGUUGGAGUUUUGGCCAAUGUGAUCCAGAGUCCAAUGAGCUUCUUUGACACCACCCCAAUCGGACGCAUAGUCAACCGUUUCAGCAAAGACUUGGACACUCUGGACACCAUGAUACCCAUGAUUGUGGGGAUGUUCUUGAAUUGUCUCUUUCAAACAAUCUCAACAAUUUUGGUCAUCUCCUUUUCCACACCGAUGUUUCUUGCGGUCAUUGCGCCCCUGCUCAUUUUCUACUAUUUCGUACAGAGGUUUUAUGUGGCCACAUCUCGUCAGCUGAAACGUUUGGAGUCUGUCAGCCGGUCACCUAUUUAUUCCCACUUUGGGGAGACCAUAACCGGAGCAGUGACCAUUAGAGCUUCUGGCCAAGAAGCCCGUUUCAUCCAUGAUUCCCAGGCCAAAGUGGACCUCAACCAGAUAUGCUAUUACCCUAGCAUUGUUUCUAAUAGAUGGUUGGCUAUUCGCCUGGAGAUUGUUGGAAAUCUGAUCAUCUUCUUUGCUUCCCUGUUUGCGGUGAUUGGUCGACGUGAGAUCAGUCCCGGAAUUGUGGGUCUGUCGAUUAGUUAUGCGAUGAAUGUGACCCAAACGCUCAACUGGAUGGUUAGAAUGACAUGUGAUUUAGAAACUAACAUUGUAUCUGUGGAGAGAAUCAAAGAGUAUAGUGAGACACCCAGGGAGGCUGAGUGGGUAAUAGAAGACAAGCGCCCCAGCCCAGAGUGGCCUGAAAAAGGUGUUAUUGAAUUCCGAGACUACAAGGUGAGGUAUCGAGAAGGACUUGACUUGGUUCUGCGAGGAAUUAGCUGCAUUAUACAAUCAAGCGAGAAGGUAGGCAUUGUAGGUCGUACAGGGGCUGGAAAAUCAUCCCUGACAAUGGCUGUGUUCCGAAUCAUUGAACCUGCAGGAGGCAGCAUCAUCAUUGAUGGCAUUGACAUCACCACAAUUGGCCUGCAUGAUCUGCGCUCAAGACUCACAAUCAUCCCUCAGGACCCAGUCCUUUUUUCAGGUAGUCUCAGAAUGAAUAUGGACCCUUUUGGGAAGCACACGGAUGCUGAGAUAUGGUCUGCGCUGGAACAUGCUCAUCUAAAAUCUUUUGUUUCUGGGUUGAGUGAUGGUUUGCAGCAUUACUGCUCUGAGGGAGGAGAAAAUCUCAGUGUUGGACAACGCCAGCUGGUUUGUUUAGCUCGUGCACUUCUGAGAAAGACUCAGAUCUUGGUCUUGGAUGAGGCCACAGCUGCUGUGGACCUGGAGACUGAUGACCUCAUACAGACGACAAUACGGACAGAGUUUGAGAAGUGCACUGUUCUCACCAUUGCUCACAGACUCAACACUAUCAUGGACUACGCCAGAAUCAUGGUGCUUGAUAAUGGGAAGAUCAAAGAGUUCGAUUCUCCCCAGAAUUUGUUACAAAAUCCCAGUUCAGUGUUCUACGGCAUGGCCAGAGAUGCAGGAUUGGUGUAA